AUGGCUUCCCCCGUUCCUCGCCUGUUGAUCAAGGCGAGGGACCUGACUGUGAGCGACAAGAAGCUUGGUGCGCCUCACGACCAAUUGCUGGCCCGAUGUCAUCGAUUGGGUGACCUCUGUGUACCUCUGUGUGUCUGUGUCAGGGGGUGGAGCAUUCGGGACAGUGUACCAGGGCAAGUGGAAGGGUCUGGACGUGGCUGUAAAGAUCACAAACAUGGAGGAAUUGAGGGAGGCCUCCCCACUCACCGGGGAGGAGCUUACCGAAACAGUGAGUAUCACAGUGCGUGUCAAAUAACGUGGCACACGAAUGUCAUGCAGGAGCUGAUGGCUGGCGCGAUAUAGGAUGCUCUGUCCGAGGCUCAGGAGAUGCAGCACCUGCGACACCCCAACAUAGUGCAGUUCCUCGGUGUCUGCAUGGACGCCAAGCACGGCCUCAUGAUCGUCACAGGUACUUCACUUUUUCUCGAUUCCAUCCAUCUGCUUCCUGUCUGUGCGUCGCGUGUCUGUCAUUCUCAGAAUUGUGUCAGGGCGGAUCGCUGGACAAAUAUUUGGUCAAGAACAGACCACUGCCGUUGGAUGUGCGAGACAGAUUCGUGAGAGAGGUACGAGCGGGCAAGCCGUCACGCGUCUCGUCUGGAUCUGCGUGUCGAUUGCCGUCAGAUAUGCGAGGGUGUGCAGUAUCUUCACAACCACGGAAUCCUGCAUCGAGACUUGAAACCAGGGAAUAUUCUCGUGAGGGAAGACGGCCUUCAUGUCUCACUCGAUGGCUGCAGCAUCUUGUUGUCGUGUCUCGUGUCUAUCAGUUGGGCGAGCAUUUGGUGAUCAAGAUAAGUGACUUCGGCAUGACGCGGAAUGUUCAAGUGACGUCGAGCUCUUUUGCAGGUAGCAAGAGACAUGGGAUGGCGGAAUGCGGUGAGCGAGGUGCGUCUGUGUGUGUUGGUGCAUCCGUCCCUAGACUGCAGGCGGCAUUAAGGGAACCCCCAAUUACAUGUCGCCUGAAUCAUUGGAUCCAGACAAGUGUGAGUGCAAGAAAAGACGGUCGCCUUGGGAACUUGAAUCACCGCCGGUGUGUGCAGUGGGGAAACCCUCUAUGGAGGCGGACAUAUGGGCGGUUGGAUGCAUUAUCGCGCAGCUGUUUGGCGGUCAGCAGAUGCACUUUCAGUCAAAGACAGUAGCCUUCACUUGUAAUGUUCAGGCGGGCCUCCCUUUGAGGGUUAAGCACCUCUCAUCAUCAUCACCGCCGUUGUCGUCCGAAAGCAGGUGACCUGCCACGUUGACACAUGUGCACAGAUCCUCUGAAGUUCUCUUUCUGCCUACUUCUGUCAGACCCCCCGCAUCCCCGAUUCCCUGCCUGAGCACAUCAAAAGUGCCAUCAAGGUAAACCGAGAGCCCUUCUCGUGUGCUGCAUUUCCCUUCCGAUUGUGACGGUGAUCAGAGUUGUUUUGCUUUCAAGCCGAAAGAUCGCCCCACAGCCAAAGAGGUACCUGCCAUAGACUAUUGGACAGAGGCGUCGGCAUGUCGUGUCUGCUUGCCUGACUGCGCGAUAGUUGCUGACCAAGCUGGGCAUGUCGCCGUCUCCGUCAAAAGAGACAGGUCCACUGAAGGUCAAAUGAGACGAGAAGGCCCCCUCGCCUAAUCCUGACUGCUUGACUGCGUGCAGAGCCGGUGUUGGUUCCCCCUGCUUCCGUUUCUCGGCUGUUGAUCAGGGCGAGGAACUUGGCUGUGAUGUGGGGAAAGAAGCUUGGUGCGCCUCACGACCACUUGCUGGCCCGAUACCCUUGACUCAUCUGCGUGUAUGUCAGGGGGUGAGGCGUUCGGGACAGUGUACCAGGGCAAGUGGAAGGGUCUGGACGUGGCUGUAAAGAUCACAAACAUGGAGAAAUUAAGGGAGGCCUCCUCACUCACCGGGGAGGAGCUUACCGAAACAGUGAGUAUCACAGUGCGUGUCAAAUAACGUGGCACACGAAUGUCAUGCAGGAGCUGAUGGCUGGCGCGAUAUAGGAUGCUCUGUUCGAGGCUCAGGAGAUGCAGCAUCUGCGAUACCCCAACAUAGUGCAAUUCCUCGGUGUCUGCAUGGACGCCAAGCACGGCCUCAUGAUUGUCACAGGUACUCUACUUUUUCUCGAUUCCAUCCAUCUGCUUCCUGUCUGUGCGUCGCGUGUUUGUCAUUCUCAGAAUUGUGUCAGGGCGGAUCGCUGGACAGAGAUUUGGUCAAGAACAGACCACUGCCGUUGGAUGUGCGAGACAGAUUCGUGAGAGAGGUACGAGCGGGCAAGCCGUCACGCGUCUCGUCUAGAUCUGUGUGUCGAUUGCCGUCAGAUAUGCGAGGGUGUGCAGUAUCUUCACAACCACGGAAUCCUGCAUCGAGACUUGAAACCAGGGAAUAUUCUCGUGAGGGCUGACGGCCUUCAUGUCUCACUCGAUGGCCAAAGCCUCUUGUUGUCGUGUCUCGUGUCUAUCAGUUGGGCGAGCAUUUGGUGAUCAAGAUAAGUGACUUCGGCAUGACGCGGAAUGUUCAAGUGACGUCGAGCUCUUCUGCAGGUAGCAAGAGACAUGGGAUGGCGGAAUGCGGUAAGCGAGGUGCGUCUGUGUGUGUUGGUGCAUCCGUCCCUGGACUGCAGGCGGCAUUAAGGGAACCCCCAAUUACAUGUCGCCUGAAUCAUUGGAUCCAGACAACUGUGAGUGCAAGAAAAGACGGUCGCCUUGGGAACUUGAAUCACCGCCGGUGUGUGCAGUGGGGAAACCCUCUAUGGAGGCGGACAUAUGGGCGGUUGGAUGCAUUAUCGCGCAGCUGUUUGGCGGUCAGCAGAUGCACUUUCAGUCCGAGACAGUAGCCUUCACUUGUAAUGUUCAGGCGGGCCUCCCUUUGAGGGCCAAGCACCUCUCACUAUCAUCACCGCCGUUGUCGUCCGGAAGCAGGUGACCUGCCACGUUGACACAUGUUCACAGAUCCUCUGAAGUUCUCUUUCUGCCUACUUCUGUCAGACCCCCCGCAUCCCCGAUUUCCUGCCUGAGCACAUCAAAAGUGCCAUCAAGGUAAACCGAGAGCCCUUCUCGUGUGCUGCAUUUCCCUUCCGAUUGUGACGGUGAUCAGAGUUGUUUUGCUUUCAAGCCGGAAGAUCGCCCCACAGCCAAAGAGGUACCUGACACGCACCACUGGACAAACGCGUCGGCAUGUCGUGUCUGCUUGCCUGACUGUGAUAGUUGUUGGCCAAGCUGGGUAUUCCGGCGAGUCCGUCAAAGAGCGCAGGUCCACUGACGCUCCACUUUGACACGAGAAAGCCCCCAUUUGACUGCUUGACUGUGUGCAGACCCGGUGUUGGUUCCCCCUUCCCCUGUGUCUCCCGUUGACGUGCCUUCCGCUGGCGCUCCACCGGGUGUUCACACGAGCAUGGUCAGCACAGUGCCGGGGCCGCCGAGUACGGUCCAUCCAGCACAGGUCGAACUUGUGGUUGCGGAAGAGCAGACAGGUCGGUGUGGAAGGCACGAAGACAACACAUGGAGAGACAUACGACUGGUCAUCCAUGGUUUGUGUGUUGCAGCGCUCCCUACACAGCAGCCGUCAGUGAAGACACCACCGAGCGCCCCACAGCCGCAGAUCAAACACGUAAGGGACACAGCAGCUGAACCCCACACGUCAAAGGGACGCUGUUCUUGUGCUGGAUGUGUGGCAGGCUGACAUCUUCGAUGCCGUCAGAAAAGGCGAUGAGCAGUCGGUUCAUUUGCUCAUCGAGCGAGAGGGCAAGGAUAUACUCGACAAACGAGACAACGACGGGGUAUGGAAUCGUGACGACGAGAGAAAUACACUCAGUGGUCUGUCUGUGUGGUCUCGUUCUCGCACGCAGUUGACACCCUUCCUUUGGGCUGCCAACAAGGGUCACGUGGGCGUCAUGUCGGUCAUGUAUGAGAGCAAAGUUGACGUACUGCAGCAAACAGACCAGGUACCGACCGACGCAGACAAACCACCCUGUGUGCGGCUAGUGAUGAUGAGGAGAUGUGUGUUGGGUGUGAUGGAAUGCAGUUUGGUAACACCGCCAUGCACUUAGCUGCCAACAGGGGCCAUGUUGCGAUGGUCAAUAAGUUGCUGGAGUGGGAUCCCAAACUGAUCGACGCACGCACCCCGGUAACAGAGCACACACAUGUCUCUGACACCUCGGGGUGUGUGUGGAUUGCAGAAUGGCAUCACGCCAUUCAUAUGGGCUGCCUGGGAGGGUCAUGUCGAUGUGAUGGAGGCCAUGUAUGAGAGCAAACCUGACGUACUGAAGCAAACAGACAAGGUGUCCACACAGACAAACCAUCCUGUGUGCUGCUGGUAA